AUGAAGUGGCUACCCAUCAUUCCGCUUUUCCCCGCGUGUUGCAUCUCACAGAGGAGCAUGAUGCGCGAGCUCUGCUAUGUAGGUAGCGUGGCGCUCUCCCCGAUGAGGCCAAAGAAAAACGCAUUCAAAUUGAGAGAAAGGGGAGAGACGACGCGCCUCUUCUGCGCUAACAGUGAGAUGAGCAACUUUUACGGCAUUAACGAAAGCGGGUUCAGCAACACCCGACCACCCCCGUACUUACUCCGCUUCGACAAGUGUAAUGAUGUCAUUGCGUACACAAACGAAAUAGAUAAUGAGUCUUUGAAGCAAAUAAAAAACCUAGCCAAACUGCACAUUAUAAAGGGGCAUAUAACAAUCCUACCAGAUGUACACUUAGGGAAAGGAAUUAUAAUCGGCUCUGUAUUUCUAACGAAGCAUUUUAUCAUCCCGAAUGGGGUCGGAGUUGACAUUGGUUGUGGUGUUCUAUGUGUUAAAAUUAACAAGUUAAAAAAAAAAAACCUUCAUGAGGGUGUCAUAAAUAAUAUAUAUAAGAAGAUAAAGCGGAACAUCCCUUUAAGUUUUGAUUAUCAUGAGAAGGAAGUGUUUGAUGCAAAAAAUGUGCUAGACGAGUUGGUGGCCAAGUAUGCCAGUAGCAACAUGGCUCAUAUAAUGAACCCUAAACAUUUGAAGCAAAUGGGAACGCUAGGCGGGGGAAACCAUUUUAUCGAAAUUGCAUAUGAUGCAUCAGGCGAUGUGAAGGCAGAACCUAUAAAUGGUAACCUAUCAGGUGAAGCACACCAAAAUGACAACACGCAAAAAUACGCAUGCCAACAAAACCAUUAUCCAGAAUCAGAUAUUUACAUUUUAAUACAUUCUGGUAGUAGAAACAUAGGAAAAAGUACAGCUGAAUUUUAUGACGACUUGGCUAGCCACGAAAGCAAAGUAAAAAGAAACGACCUGGCCUAUCUAGACUUAAGAAAAAAACACGGACAAAAUUACUUAAGGGAUAUGCAAUUAUGUCAAGAGUAUGCAAAAUACAAUAGAAUUUAUAUGAUGAAAAUUAUCGAACAAAUUAUUAAAGAAGAACUUAACUGCACGCUGGAUUGGCAAAAUGCCAUAAAUAUACAUCACAAUUUCUGCAACCACGAAUUGGUCAACUAUUUCCACAAUGGGGAAGUAAAAAAGGAAUAUAUGUAUGUAACAAGGAAAGGCGCAACAUCAUCCAUGAAAAAUCAAUUAGGCAUAAUCCCUGGAAAUAUGAAGGUCGGUUCUUAUAUCGUCCGGGGAAAGGGCAACAAGUUAUCCUACAAUUCCUGCUCGCAUGGUUGUGGAAGGGUGCUAAGCAGAACGCAUGCAAAGAAAAUAAUUAAUCAAGCCGAUUUUGUAAAUAUUAUGAAGGGGGUACGAUGUGACACCAGUGCCAAAAUUCGAGACGAAGCUCCUCAGGCGUAUAAGAAUUUGAACAAGGUUUUGCGAAAUCAAGAUUCUCUUAUACAUGUUGUUCGGCGCCUUCUCCCCCUGAUUAACGUUAAGGGGGGGUAG